UUUUUUUUUUUCCUUCUUCUCUUACCUCCCAUUUUCGCUUCAAUUGGCUUGCCUGACUUUCUAUCGCUUGUAUUCUAGAUCGAGAAUUGGUACGAUUCCGUAUAACGUAUGGCUUCUUUUUGACAUGGUGGAGUCCCGGCCAGCAGAGCGGGAAUCCACCGGCCCCGCCGAUCGAUCGACAGGAACCGGGCCGGGGCCCGGCUAAAACGCGGAUCUACGCCGGCCUUCGGGAGCUCAACCUAAAAUCAACCUCGUGUUUCAAGCUGCAUGAGGCCAGUCCCUCCACAUCACCUAAUCCAUCGUUUCCCCAAGUCAUUCCCCUUCCCUUCCCGCACUCAUCCCAAACAACCAUAAAGAAUGCCCGCACCAAUCGAAGCGUCAAAGGGGGCCCUCUCCGUCGCGCAAGCAGCCGACAUUCUCCUCGAUUCUCACAAGGCCUCUCUUCCGCGUUACCAGGCCUACGUUCGGGCGCGCCACCGCUUCUGGGAGGCCUUCCCCGGGGGACUGUACACGCGCCUCCCGACGCCGGGUACGGACCUCGAGUGCGGAUUCCAUGCGCUGCGCCUGUCAAUGCUGCACCAACUCUCUUCUUCUUCUUCCUCUUCUUCGUCUUCCAGAAGUGAUGAGACGGCGGCGGGGAUCGUGGACCGGAAGGGCAUAAGAAUCCCCACGCUGGAGGAACUCAGGGAGGUGUUCCGCGGGGACACGGUGGCCCGCGAGAACGAGAGAGUAGGCAUGGCAAAUGAGACGUGGUUCACGGCCGAUCAGCUCGCGGCUGUGUUCAGCGAGUGGGGGAGACGGUUCCUUGGGGAUCAAGAAGGGUUGCGGUGCCAGCUGGGGUAUGUGACGCAUGACUCCGGGGGGAUGCCGGUCAUGAUGAACACGCCGUGGGUGGAGACCGGGGAGACCGGGGAGGGCAUUCUGAGGGUGUGGGUAUACAAUGACGGCUUGUCUUUGCGAGGUGGCGUCGGCCAUUUUGAGGGGUUGAGGAGACCUACUCCCGAGGAGACGCAGAGGAUAUUAGGAGAGUAUGAAUAGGUGAGAGCAUGGAGGGACUAGUGACGCCACUUAGUGAGUCAGCGUUGUAGUGGUAAAAGGGAGCAAGGGACAGUUGCUUAGUCGUUCAUGGUGUGGCCGAGCGAUCGAAGAAGGUUUGCUCGAGUUGAAUGGGUCUGUCG